ACGUUCAAGACCUUAACCAGGACAGCACAAUGUCUUCCAGAAACAAUAGUGUAUAUGGAGGAGGGGGCUUCAACCUAGCUGAUGGGUUAGAUCCGUUGGCUGACGAGAAGACCAUCAUGCAGAAUUUGAAUAGCCGCCUUGCCUCCUACCUAGAGAAGGUGCGCUCACUGGAGAAUGCCAACGCUGAGCUGGAGCAGAAGAUCAGAGAGCACAAUCAAAGUGGCCCUGAUGUCACUUUCAACCAAACCAUCUUCCAAGACACCAUCCAGGACCUGAGGAACAAGAUUCAGUUGGCUUCCCAAGACAAUGCCGCAUUACUCUUGUCUGUGGACAAUGCCAGACUGGCUUCAGAAGACUUCAAGAAAAAGUAUGAGAAUGAGCUGGAAAUGCGCAUGGCCAUUGAAGCCGACGUCUUAAAACUGAGGAAAGUACUGGAUGAUUUUAGUUUGAGUCGGUCGGACCUGGAGAUACAAAUUGAGAAUCUGAAUGAGGAGCUCAUCAUACUGAGGAGAUAUCACGAGGAGGAGAUAUCUGUGACCAGAGCUGAGGCUGGAGGUCAUGUGGAUGUUAGUGUGGAUGCAGCGCCCUCUAUGGACCUGAUGCAGGCCAUGACAGAGAUCAGACAACACUAUGAGACUGUGACUGAGAAAAAACGCGAAGAGCUGGAGACCUGGUAUGAGACCAAGACUGCCCCGGUGGAACAGGAGGUGGUCACACAAAAUGAAGAGCUUCAGAACAGCAGAAUAGAGCUGAAGGAGUUGACAAAUACCUUACAGAAACUACAGAUUGAACUGCAGACUCACCAGAGCUUGAAGUCAGCCCUUGAUGGUGAACUGGAGGAAACGCAGGCUCAUUACGGCGACCAGUUGGCUAGGCUUCAGGCCACUGUCACCAGCCUAGAGGACCAGCUUAGUCAAUUUCAUAAUAACAUUGCCAGCAACAAACGAGAGUAUGAAACGCUGCUGGAUGCCAAGAACAGACUGGAGCAUGAGAUCGCAGAGUACAGGAGACUGCUGGAUGGAAAUGAGAGGUGAUGUUCAUAAAAAUAAUG